AUGUUUCAGAACGCCUUUCAAUCCGGGUUCAUUUCCAUUCUUUACAGUAUCGGCUCGAAGCCGCUACAGGUGUGGGACAAACAUGUACGCAAUGGCCACAUCAAGCGUCUCACGGACAAGGACAUCCAGAGUUGCGUUCUUGAGGUCAUGGGCACGAACGUCUCCACCACGUACAUCGUGUGCCCGGCAGAUCCUGAACAGACUCUCGGCAUCAAACUGCCGAUUCUCGUUAUGAUUGUGAAGAACAUGAAGAAGUACUUCACGUUCGAGGUCCAGAUUCUGGACGAUCAGAACAUUCGGCGGCGCUUCAGAGCUUCAAACUACCAGAGCACCACUCGCGUGAAGCCAUUCGUGUGCACAAUGCCGAUGCGCCUGGAUGAGGGAUGGAACCAAAUCCAAUUCAACUUGGCAGAUUUCACCCGACGAGCCUACGGGACAAACUACGUGGAGACUCUGCGCGUCCAGAUACACGCGAACUGCAGAAUACGGCGGAUCUACUUCAGUGACCGUCUCUACGGAGAGGAAGAACUUCCCGCCGAGUUCAAGCUCUUCAUGCCCGUACAGAAGCCCCAGUGA